UUUCCUCGUUUUCUCUCUCCUCGACCCCUGAAAAUCAAAUCACCGACCAAAAUUGAUCGGAAACCUAGAGACCUUACGCCACCAUGAUGCACAGCCGGCGCCAAAUCUUCGUUAAAUCUCCUGGCUUUCAUCAAACGAUCGCUCUACAAUUGGAUCCCUCGCAGUCUGUAUUAACUCUCUCGGGUCUCACGUCCUUACUCGAAUCGUCGCAUCGUAAAUCGUUUUCGGAUUUCUGCGUUGCUCUAGAUGGGAAGCUUUUGAAUGGGUCUACACGGAUCCAAGUAUCUAAGCUCCCUUCUGUAUCCACGCUCACUCUUUUCCCUCGCUUCCGUGGAGGUGGAGGAGAUGGCGGUGCGACGGGAGCUGAGUCUCGUGAUUGUUACCUCAAUAUGUACGCCGAGAAGAAACCUGACAAGGUUGAUCCGAAUGAGCAGAGGCUCUCAAAAUGGUUAAAUUGUGCUUUGUCUAACGAGCCUUUGGCAGAGCCUUGCGUGAUUGAUCUCCUCGGGAAUUUGUUUAAUAAAGAAGCUUUGGUUCAUGCUCUGUUAUCUAAGAGGCUGCCUAAGCAAUUCUCCUACAUUAAGGGUUUGAAAGAUAUGGUGAAUAUCAAGCUUACGCCUGUCGCUGGUUCUGAUGGAUCAUCGCAAGAUACCACUAGUGCCCAGUUUCAGUGUCCAGUCUCAGGGCUUGAAUUCAAUGGAAAGUACAAGUUUUUCGCUUUGAGGGGAUGCGGGCAUGUGAUGAGUUCCAAGGCGUUGAAGGAAGUGAAGUCUUCUUCGUGUUUGGUGUGUCACGCGGAAGUCAAAGAUUCUGAUAAGAUUGUGAUCAACGGUACAGAUGAGGAAGUGGGUUUGUUGAGGGAGAGAAUGGACGAGGAGAAAGCAAAGCUUAGAGAGAAGAAAGGUGUCUCAAAGAAGAACAAGAGCGGGGCUGCCGUGGUGGCUGACGCUGGAGCAAAGGUCGUCAAGAGACAGAUGGAUGAUGGGAAUGUCAGUGGUGUUACUGUGAAGAAAUUCAAGGCGGGUGACAAAGUUCCCGUUAAUGCUACCAAGGAAGUCUACGCUUCUCUCUUUACUUCCUCCAAAAAGAAGUCUGAUUUCAGGGAGACAUACUCUUGCAGGUCACUUCCUCUCGGCAGGAACUGAUUUGUCGAAACCAUGUUGUUUACCUGCUUGCUUCAUUUGCUUUGAUCUGUUCUGAUUAUAUUGAUGUAUCAACUUGCUAUGUAAUUUCGUCACUGGAUUUUUUAAUGUUUUCCUUUA